AUGUCGUACACAGUCUCCAAGCCGGACGAGUACCUGGCUAUCACUGGCAUGGGUAUUCGGACCGUGAAAAUCACCAAGGCAGCAUGGGUAUGGCCUUUUCAGCGAUGUGUGCGGUUCAGCGUCCAACCUCACGACUACGCCAUGGACCUCCAGGCCAUGACUCGGGAGAAGCUCAAUUUCAAACUACCGACAGUGUACACCAUCGGGCCGGACGUGAACCAGCGAGGCGGCAAUUCGACGAGCGGCCAUGCUAGCGGCGAGGUCGACGUCAACACCGAGGACCGGGGUGACUCGCUGAUGAAGUACGUGAUGCUGCUGGCCGACUCAAGCGGCGAUGCCAAGACGGAGCAGUAUGCGCAUGUGUCGUCCAUCAUCAAGGGCAUCAUCGAGGGCGAGACACGCGUGCUGGUAUCGAGCAUGACGAUGGAGGAGAUCUUCCAGGAACGCGAGGUUUUCAAGCGCCGCAUCUUCCGCAACAUCCAGGGCGAACUGGACCAGUUUGGCCUCAAGAUCUACAACGCAAACGUCAAGGAGCUUCGCGACGCCGACGGAUCCGUUUACUUCGCCAGCCUGUCGCGCAAGGCCCACGAGGGCGCCACCAACCAGGCCCGCAUCGACGUCGCCGAGGCCCAACUGCGCGGAACCGUCGGCGAGUCGCGCCGCAGGGGCGAGCAGGAACGGGAGCUGGCAAAAAUCAGUGCCGACACGGCCGUCCAGAAGACGGAGCGCGAUGUCGAACGUGCCCAGGCAGACGCCAACCUCCAGACCCGCCAGGCCGUCCUCAAACGCGACGUUGACAUGGCCCGCGCCCAGGCCGACCGCGCUCUUGAGGCCAAGGAUGAGGAACUCCGUCGCGACGUCGAGAAACGCCGCGCUGCCGCCGAGGCUGAGCGUCUCCGCGCAGAUGUUGUCGUCAAGUCCACCAUCGAGCGCGAGUCUGCCCAACAGAAAGCCGACGCCGCAGCCUACCAGGUUGAGGCCGCUGCCCGAGCCGCCGCAGAGGGCAUACAGCGCAAGGCAGACGGCGACGCCUACGCCACCCGCGCAGACGCUGACGCCCGAGCCUACGCGGCCGAGCAGGAAUCCCGCGCUCUCGCCCUCCGCCGCUCCAAGGAGGCAGAAGGUAUUUCUGACCUCGCCGAGGCCUACAGCAAGAUGUCCUCCGCCCUCGGCGGACCCAACGGCCUUCUCAAAUGGCUCAUGAUCGAGCAUGGUACCUACGAGAACCUAGCAAAGGCCAACGCCGACGCCGUUCGUGGUAUGGCCCCGAAGAUCUCCGUCUGGAACACUGGCACUCAGGGCGACGGCAACAAUAGCGGCAACCCUCAGGAUGCCGUCCGCAACAUGUACCAGAUGCUGCCACCCCUUAUGACAACCAUCCACGAUCAAACUGGAAUCUCUCUGCCCCAGUGGCAGUUUGGCCACAUGGCUGCUGGUGCCAACGAGGUUGGCAAGGAGAUAAAGCCCAACAGUCUCAGUUGA